GGCGGCACGGCUCCGGGCCUCACCCGACGGCUCCCACAGCUCUGUGCCUGGUACGGUCUAGGUACCCAGGUCGUGAUUCUUCCUCCACCUUCCGCCCGGGUGGUUCCCUGGCACCCCCACAGUACCCUCCUCUGCUCCAUACUCAUCCCCGGCACCCCUAGCUCCGUUGGCUCCCCUUUCCUCCUAGUGUCCCUUCUCGGUUCUCUCUGUCCCGUCAGUACCCUUUCCCCAUGCCUUGUGGGUGCCGCGUGGCCUCACUCCGUGUAGCCUCCCCCGGGAUGUUUGUCUUACUAUCAGGCAACGGUGGGCCAGAGGCUGAGCUUGGACCAGGGCCUGGGCAGCACAGGGGAAAGUUCCCAGAGUGCUGUCAACCCACAGAGUGGAGUUCAGCCUCGAGAGACCACAGAGCUGGUGUUCUGCCUUGCUGCUGCGCUGUCAGGAACGGGGUGCUGCCACAGCGCUGUGUAGUUCUGCGUUUUCUGAAGUUUCCUCCAAAUAAGAAGAAGACCUCAGAAGAGAUACUUCAGCAUCUGCAGAACAUAGUAGACUUUGGCAAAAAUGUCAUGAAAGACUUUUUGGGAGAGAACUAUGUUCAUUGUGGGGAAGUUGUUCAGCUGCCUUUAGAGUUUGUGAAACGACUGUGUUUAAAGAUACAGUGUGAAAGACCAGAGUCCCGUUGUGACAAGGACCUGGACACAUUCAGUGGUUAUGCUAUGUGCCUUCCCAAUUUAACCAGACUUCAGACCUUCCACUUUGCAGAGCACCGGCCGAUUCUGUGUGUAGAGAUUAAGCCAAAAUGUGGGUUUAUUCCUUUCUCAAAUGAUGUUACCCACGAGAUGAAGCACAAGGUGUGCCGAUACUGCAUGCACCAGCACCUCAAGGUAGCAACUGGAAAGUGGAAGAAAAUCAGUAAAUACUGUCCCCUUGACCUCUACUCAGGAAAUAAGCAGCGCAUGCACUUUGCCCUCAGAAGUCUGCUGCAGGAGACACAGAAUAAUCUUAGGAUAUUUAAGAAUGGAGAGCUGAUUUAUGGUUGUGGUGAUGCCCGGAGCCCUGUGGCUGACUUGAAGGAGCUUGCUCACCACCUGAAGCCCUUCUUCUUCCCUUCCAACGGCUUGGCCAGUGGGCCUCACUGCACGAGGGCUGUGAUCCGUGAGCUGGUGCAUGUUAUCACCAGGGUGCUGCUGAGCAGCUCAGAAAAAGCCCGAGCUGGUGCCCUGAGGCUUGGGCUCGAGGGCCCACGAGUCUGUGAAGCCAGCCCUUUCAGCAGGAGCCUACACAACCAAGGAAAAAACACCUCAGAGCACUCGGGGUUACCGAAGGGCUGUCUUCUGUACAAAACCCUCCAGGUGCAGAUGUUGGACCAGCUGGACAUCGAAGGCCUCUACCCUCUGUACAAACGGGUUGAGCAAUACCUGGAGGAGUUUCCUGAGGAGAGGAAAACAUUACAGAUUGAUGGGCCUUAUGAUGAAGUAUUUUACCAGAAACUGCUUGAUCUGUCCACUGAGGAUGAUGGGACGGUGGCCUUUGCAUUAACAAAGGUGCAGCAAUACAGAGUAGCCAUGACUGCCAAGGACUGUUCCAUCAUGAUCGCACUUUCCCCUUGUCUACAGGGCACCAGCUCUGACCAGAGGCCUGUUAUUCCUUCGUCAAGAUCCCGGCUGGCCUUCUCUGUGUCUGUAUUGGACCUCGACCUCAAGCCCUAUGAGAGCAUUCCUCAUCAGUAUAAACUAGACAGCAAGAUAGUCAACUAUUACUCAAAGACUGUGCAUGCCAAAGAUGACACUGUGAGGUCGACUCGGUUCAAGGACCAUGAAGAUUGCACAUUAGUUCUCCAUAAGGUCUAACUUGUCCCCUGCGGUGUCUUUGAAACUUGAAUGUGAAAGUUGAAUGGCAGAGCUAUUUUCGGUUGUGUUGGGUGACUUGGCUGUGAAUGUCUCUGCUUUUAACCCAGGUCUGCUGAGGUUAGACUGCCUCUCCGAGACAAGGAGUUGAAAGCCUAUAGUCUUCUAGGACAAGGAAUGUAGGACGUGAGGCUGUGUCCCAGCAAGCCAUCCAUUUCCUUAGAGUGCAAAUGCCCCUUAAGCCCCAGGCAGACAGAGCUCACGUCCAGUCCUCUCAUAUGAAAGCCUUAUUAUUAGGACCCACGCUUUGGAUCUCCUACCACCAGACUAUUGACACAGAAACUUGAAUUGUUACGAGUAGCUUACGGUUUGGAUUUUCACGAAAACAUGGAUACUACUGGAACUUUCCCAGCUGUUAACUGGUCACUUGUUCAAUGCAAGUCACACAUCAACACAGGCUUUGGGUGGUCCCCUGCCGCAGAGCGGUUAGGGUUUAGUAUGGACAUUGGUUCUGAGGGGUUUAGACUUAGGUCCCUGUGGAGUUACCGAAGCCCAUAGCUUUGUACUGGGGCAGCAGCAGGGAACACAGGACUCAGGUCAGGAUGGACACCACUGCAUGAGCAUUGCUUUUUUUCUUUUUUAAAAAUUCUUUAUGAUUUUAACUCUAGGGGAGCUGAGGCGUUUUUUCCUACCUGACAUUGCUGCUGUAGAGGCUGGAGGCAGAGCUGUAGUUCAGAGCUGCUAAGGUCUGCUGCGUGGGUGUCCUGACAGCCCAGAGUUUUCCUGGCAUUCUGGUGUCUUGGGUGGUUGAGGAUCAAGGUUUCCCUUCCUCCUAAGCCACAUUCAUCCCUGGGUUAGCUCUGAGGCAUCCUGGAUAUUUGGGUCUAGGGCCUUACUGUUUUCAUCAGGGCUAGAUAGAAGGCUCCUAGCUGGCACUGAGAAUUCUACGGGGUCACCAGAAGUGUGCCUGGCUGCUAUGAAAUCAUUGGGAGUUUUUGUCUUCAUUUGUUUUUGAAUCCUAUGGUAGGCUGUACAGAUUGAUUAUUUAUAUCAUCCUUUUGAGAGACUAAUGAAGGCUUAUUGUAACAUAGUAGUAAAACCAUGGAACUGUAUGAAAAAUACUACAUGAAAAAUGAAGAAAAUAUUUUGCUGAUUGUAAACUUUUGUGGGAAAUUUUGUGAUAAUUUGAGAAUUAUACUUGUUUGAAUCAAGCAA